AUGGCGACGCCCGGGUGGGCGCGAACGCACGCGAGCGCGGUGAAGGGAGGAUCGAAGUCAAAGGCGAGUCAAGGGAAGAAAUCAAAGGGACGGGGACCGGCGACGGUGACGAUCAGCGCCAAGGCGGAGCGGACGACGCGGGAGCAUCGAGAGACGUUCCUGCGCGCGAUCGCGCCGAGCGACGUCGCGGAGGACGCGUUGAGCGAAGAGGAGCUGGAGGCGUACGAGGCGAAGGCGAAGGCGUACUCGAGGGAGAAGAUGCGAGCGGAGCGGGCGUUCGCGAAGGAUAUUAAUGAAAAGAUUAGGAUUAAGAUGGCGGCGGUGGAGGCGCUCCCGGCGGGCGCGGUGCGGGACGCGGCGAUGGUGGAGGACGACGAGUUGUUCCCGCUCAAGCGUAAGCUUCCGAGUUACACCCCAGCUAUUCCUGGAUAUUAUGAGGAGAAGCAGAGAUUGGCUGAGGAGGCGGUGAGCGGCGGCGCGGCGUUGAGAAAGUAA